GUGAGAGCCUUGGCAUCGAGCUAUGUCCGUCCAACACAAUCGCCCAGAGGCGGCAUCGACAACUUGACCUCCUUGCCCUCGAGGCGGCAUGAAAGUUCUCUGGCCCAGGAUGUGAAGACUGCAAUCUCAAGCUGGACUCAGCAUACCCUCCCCAACUCCCAGGUCUUCUCAACCGAGCCGAUUGAACUCACACGAGCAGAAGCAGAACCCCACCUAGCAUACAUUGCCUUUGGGAGUAAUAUGGGAAACCGGAUAGACUGGAUCGAGCAAGCAUGCAAUGAAAUGACGAAUGCAGGAAUCAAGAUCUUGAGAACAAGUAGUCUUUGGGAAACAGAGCCUAUGUAUGUGCCCGAUCAAGACAAAUUCGCCAAUGGUGUUUGCGAAGUUCAAACUGUAUUUGGGCCAAUCGAGCUUCUAGAUACCCUUCAGGGUAUCGAGCGCUUUCUUGGCCGAAAAAAGUUGAUUGACAAGGGUCCUCGCAACAUCGAUCUUGAUAUCUUACUCUACGACGAUGAAGUGGUAGACCAUGAGAGGUUGAAAAUCCCUCACGCACUCAUGUUAGAGCGAGAAUUCGUAUUACGGCCACUCGCAGAGCUCGUUCCAGCAAAGGCUUUAAACCCUGCAUCGCCGUGGAAAACCACAGUGGACUAUCUAAACGCCCUUCCACCACCCACAUCCGAGACGACUACUCUCACUGCUUUGGGAGACUCGCAUAUACCAAUCCGAGCUUUGUCCUCCGAGCGCAAGACUCAGAUAAUGGCAAUCAUGAACUUCACACCAGACUCUUUCUCCAAUAAAGGUAUCGGUUCUCACAACAAAGAACUGAUGCUCCCAAACCUCGAAGAGACAGCUAAACUCACCGCUACCCGCGGUGCCACAAUCAUCGACGUCGGGGGCCAAUCAAGCGCGCCAAACAACAAAGAAGUCAAAGCGAUAAUAGAGAUAUCUCGAGCCAUACCCCCAAUCAAAUUACUCAAAAAGUCCCCCGAUUUCAACGGCUUAAUCAGCAUCGACACAUACCGCGCCUCUGUCGCCGAAGCAGCCGUAAACGCAGGCGCCGAUAUCAUCAACGACAUCUCCGCCGGGGCCAUGGACCCCGACAUGCUCCCCCUCAUGGCACGGCUAGGAAAAACCGUCAUCCUCAUGCACAUGCGCGGCACCCCCACCACCAUGCAGCAAAGUAUCUACACCACCUACUCGCCCGACGGUCUAAUCCCCAGCAUCGCCACCGAGCUCCUAGCCCGCGUGCAAGAAGCAGAAGCAGCGGGCAUCCGUCGCUGGCGCAUAAUCCUAGACCCAGGAAUCGGAUUCGCGAAGUCGAAUUUGCACGCGGUGGAGAUACUGCGUCGCUUGGAUGAGCUGCGUGACUGGCCUGGCUUGCAAGGGUUGCCGUGGCUCGUGGGCGCGAGUAGGAAGCGGUUUAUAGGCACCCUGACCGAUGUGAGGAAUCCUAAAGAUAGGGUUUGGGGAACUGCUGCUGCGGUGGCGGCUGCUAUACAGGGGGGUGCGGAUAUUGUAAGGGUGCAUGAUGUUGGGCAGAUGGCGAAAGUGGCUAAGGUGGCUGAUGCAAUAUGGAGAGUGCGAUCUUAA